AUUGAAUGCGAUCCUCCCCCAUGGAACAGUUCUGCCACUGAGAUCAGCACAUUCACGAUGAGAGCUGUGAUUGGUCUAUUGUUUGGCCUUGCAUGCCAGAUGCUUGCUAUUCCGGUAUUAGGCAGCGACAAGUUCUACCCUCGUGCGAUUGCUAUUGGCAACACUACACAGAAGAAGACACAACCCUUUGUAGCGUUCACUCUCAACUCGGAAAAUCCCGUAGCAACUCUUGAUUACGGCCAUGAGGUUGCUGGAUACCCGUUCUUCUCAGUGGUCAGUCUCACCGGUAAAGUGCAGAUUGAAACAAAAUACGCCGAAGAUUUAGGGGACAUCGACCUACCUUACUCUGAUGGUCCCUUUACAUAUAGUCAGGGCUUGACGAACACGUACAGAGUUGAGACACUUGAGGUCAACGCCACAGGUCAGCUGAACUCGUACUUUGCUCAAGGUGGCCAACGCUGGCAAACUAUCCGUUUGCUGACUCCCGGCACCGUCACUUUCAGGAAUGUUGGCUUUGUGGCAACCGUUGAUGUCUUGGAUUACGACAGGCUGCCGGGUCGAUUCUGUUCGUCAAAUCCGUUGUACAAUGAAAUCUGGAAGCUUGGUGCCAGGGCUGCUGGUGCUGCUUGCUUCAAUUCAGGUGCUUACAAGUCCGUCUGGGAUGUCUCUGCUAGUAGCGGUGCGUUCAUCAGAGGCUCUCGCGUUGGUCUGUCCAGCAGGGGCAAUUCAUUCUCGAACUAUAACCUCACAUUCUCUGCAAAGAUCGAACGUGGUGGGCUCGGAUGGGCCAUGGCCUAUCCCCUCCUCACCACAGCCGGAGGUAUUCAGCUUAACCUAGUUGGAGAUUAUCCUGAGGGCACUACUUAUGCCAACGUCAACCGGACGCUUCUUCCACCUAACACCGUUGUACUUGCUUAUGGAUUCAGCUUGGUAAACCAGACCACGCUUCCUGCAUACUAUCUGGAUGCGUUUAGGGUCCCUUUCGAUGUCAAGGAAGGACAGUGGUAUUCCAUCUCCGCGAAGAUGUAUGAAGGCAACUACCUUGCUGUAUCGAUCAAUAAAACCAAGAUAUUCAAUGUCACACUGGAAAAUUACUACACUGGAACAGCUGGAGCUGGCACUACUGGCUCAUUUGGCUUCGGUGGUUGGCAAGAUCAGGCUGCUUACUUCAGGGAUGUCAGAGUCACCUCAAGUAACGGCACUGUCCUCUACGCUAAUACGAUGACCAAUACUUCAGCGAUACUGCCAGAGUACGGCGUACAGUCAAACACGGCCGAUGUCUGCUUAGACGGUGCCAAACGCGAUCGUCUUGCUUGGCUCGGCGAUUUCUACCAUACAGCCGCUAUUCUUGCUACAUCAACAUCUCGGAAGGACUACUCAGUGGGAACACUCAAGAACUUCCUUGAUUGGCAACUGCCCUCUGGUCAACUGCCGUUAGACACAGCUCUUGGCUACCCUGGCUCGGCAACGACCAAUUUCGCAUUAAUGACAGGCGAUGGCCUCUCUUAUCCUCUGGAAGAUUAUCACAUCCUGGGUCUGAUUGCUUUUGGCUCCCACAUGCGCUAUCACGAUGAUAUCUCUUUUGCUACAGGAAGCUGGCCUCAAUGGAAACUUGCUGUCAACUACCUCAUUCACCAAAUAGACAACUCUACAGGUCUUGUAUCUCUAGGUUAUACCUUCUUCGGAGACAGCGCCGGUCUAGCUGUCAAUGCCGCCUCUGUACAAGCUCUGCAUGAACUUACUGCUGCGGCAACCGCAGUAGGUGAUACUGCUUCAGCUAGCUCCUGGAAUGCAAUUGCAAAUCAACUGGAAGCUACUAUCCAAUCCAAAUUCUGGCAACCCAAUUUGGGUCAUUUUAGCGACACACCACAAAACUGGUCCAAAAUCUCCGUCCAAGGCCUUUCAUUCGUGAUAACUUCUGGCGUUGCAACAGCUUCGCAGGCGAACUCGUGUAUGAAUGCUCUGGCAGCUUUGAAGCUAUCUCCUGGCUACAAAGAUUCCACUGCUGUCUCCUCCAAUACUGUGGCUAAUAUAUCUCCAAACACGAAUGGCUUUCUACUCUCUGCACUUGUGCAGACUAACCGUACAUCCGAAAUGCGUUACCUCUUUGAAAACCUUUGGGCAGCCAUGAUUCAAAACGAUACCACUCAUUCUGGCGCAUCUUGGGAAUAUGUUGAUACAAAUCUCCAACCAGGACUUUCCCGCUAUACCAGUCUUGCUCACCCUUGGGGCGGUGCACCAACAUACAUCCUCACCGAAUACAUUGCCGGUAUCAGACCCGUUACCUACGGCUAUAAGACUUGGGUUAUCGCACCUGCGUAUACAGGCUUUGAUCUCAAGUCCGCUGCCGCUCAGGUACAGACGCCCUACGGUAUGCUGAAGGUGCAGUGGAGUAUAGCGUCUGGCAAGAUCAAAGCCGUUAUCAACGCACCCGUUGGUACUUCUGGUACCUUUUUUAUCAACAGGGCUUUAGCAAACGAGACCAGGGCAAAUUGUGUUGUGCAGGUUGAGGGUGGUAUCUUGUCUAAGUCAAUAACUCUCGAUCUGUAAAGUAAGAGCAUGUUGUUCCAAGCGAGGCUCCAAGUAUUGCGAACAACGGAGACGAUGGUUUCGAUAUUAGCAUUGCACAACGUAACUAUGCAGCUCUGACCAGCUUUAGGUUUCGCAAGAGGAUAAAGCAGAUGGACAGUAUCUUCCUAAAAUCUUGCUCACGAUGCUCUAUACGGCGACAAUCGAUGAUUUUUGGGAUGACAAGCAUACGGCUAAUAUCGAGGUCGAGAAUGAGGACAAGGAAAAAGACGAUCUUGACCAAGAGAGCGGAGAUCCAGGCGCUCUUGCUUCGCUAAGUUAGAGAAGAUGUUUUUGCCAAUCUCCACGCAUUGCUAAGUCAGCAGAAUCUCGCCUCCCUACACAGUGAGUGUUUGAAAGAUUAGACCGUUAAUCUGACUCUAACGGACUGCGGCAAUCUUGUAUACAAGAACGCGGACAUCACUUAGAACACCAUUGAGCCCGAGGUCCUUAGGUAGAAAGGAACGUGUGAGUGG